UGAUUUAAAUUUAAUCUGAAAUUCGGUAACAUAAUCUACACUUUAGGAAGAACAUGAUCACCAAAUGUCUUCAACAAAAUCAACUCGGAAGCACCUCAAAUUUCAUAAAAAUGUCCUAUUCCUGUCACGACAUCCUGACCAGAACCCCCGUGGAGAAAUCUUCCAACACCAUCAGAGAGUCUUCUCAGUGGAAUUUUUUGAUGAAUUGUUUUUAGCAUGUUCCUCAUCAAGUCUAGUUUAUUCAUACAAAAUUUCAGCUCAAAAUUCAAUAGGGAAGAUAGUUAAAAAAUUCUUGAAACAUACUGCGUUUCAUAUAUGUACAAAAUGUGUUGUAAGAGAAGAGCCGCCACUUGAAGUAACGGCUUUUGUACUGUAAUAGAAGAGCCGCCACUUCAAGUGGCGGCUUUUCUUAACCACGAUUAACCCAGCACUAUUUUGGGAAUUAUUUAAUUAAUUAGCAUUAUUUAAGGAAAAAACUCCCACUCCAAGCGACCAAGCAAUCCCAAGCAUCAGCCAUUCCGCCAUUCCACCGAAAAGAACAAUCUCUUGCCGAUUGCCGAUUCACCGGCGAUUGCGAUUCUGAGACCAAGAACUCCAAGACCAGCGGCAGCGUCCAGUCCAGGCGGUCCAGGCUCCAGGGAAGAGAAGAAUCCCUGUGUGUCUUUGUCUUUCGCUAAUCUCUCUGAUUUCAUAUUUCUCUAAUUUGGUAAUUUGUUUUCUAAAUAAUGAAAUACAUACAUCAUAAAGCUCUAAAUUUUAAUGUCUUUUUGUGGUUCAGAACAGUUGUUCUAUUCAAUCUCGGUUAGCAAAAAUGCAGGAGUAAUAAAUUACUCCGUAAUAAUUCACGAUAAUGACUUGCACCUCAAUUCUUAAUGAAAAUGAAAAUUCGAAAUACUUCGUACUUGUUAUUGUUAGCAUGUAGGGUAGUACAGACUACAGAGUAUGUAUUUGGGAAUUGGGAUAUGAGAAAGUAAUUGGGACUUGGCCACUUAGGUAUUGUAUUUUAGAGCCAUA